UCUCCAUCUCUUCCAGUCUCGGUAUCACCACCCCACCAUGGAGUCGAUAGGUGGUUAUGUGUUGCGGUCCUCAGUAGUGUUGUUUUUGUGUUGUUUUUUGUUAGUUUCUGCCGAUUCUAAAUGCUCUUUAGGAUGUCAAGGAUCCACAGCUCCAAUCCUGAAGUUUGGAAACGGUGAAGUUUACAAAUAUCAAUUUGAAGGCAGCACGACUACUCAUCUAUCUGGAGCCAAAGGGAAUCCUGUCAAACUUGGAGUUUCUGCUACUGCAGAGAUCAGUGCCUUGCCUCAAUGCACUUACUCCUUGAAAUUGACCAAAGUUGUCGUGGCAAAUGCUGAUGAUAAAAAGUAUGACAACUUGAAAGAAUUGGAAGCACACCCGAUCCAGUUCAGCUAUCAAGGCGGACAAGUUGGCACUAAAGUAUGUGUUGAAGAAGGGGACAGUCAUGUUUCCAUCAACAUAAAGCGUGCAAUCAUCUCUUUGUUUCAAGUUGGCACUUUCAAGGAGUCUGGCCAGACCGUUGACCAUGAGACUGAUGUAUUUGGUAUCUGUCCUACCAUUUUCAACUACAAAACUGAAGGCGCCAAAGUUACUGUGUCAAAAACACGUAAUUUGAACAGUUGUGGUCAUCGUGAAACAUUGGACCUUGCUUUCCUGUCGACACCAUAUUACAGUAAAUCGGACUUCCAGUCAACACCUUUGCUGGCAGCUGCAUAUAAAUCAGAGCAAAAUAUUGAUAAUGGUGUUUUGAAAUCGGCAUCAUCCAAGGAAACUUACAACUAUAGACCUCUUGCCUCCGCUGAAUCUGGUGCAGAGAUCACAGUUGAAACCAAACUCAGCUUUGUAUCGAAGGCAGCAGGAGCUGCUCCUGCAUUGAAAUCUGCAAAAACUGGAUCCAUCAUUUUCCAAGCUCCUCUCCCUGCGGAUGGAAUCUCAAACUCAGAUGCUAUCAUCAAGGCCUUGAAAGAAGUCGCAACAUCCGUCGAACCAGCCGUCAGCUUCACCGCUGCUCGUAGCUUUGGUUCUCUAGUCAAUGUAUUGAGGCAUGCCAAGAAAGCAGAUAUUCUAUCAACCUUUAAUCAAGUGAAAAGUGGAGCUGGCUUCCAGAAUAAAGAGAUUGUGAAGCAGAUAUUUUUGGAUGCACUAUUUCGUGCAGGUAGCUCAGAAGCAGUUGAAGCUGGUGCUGAGUUACUGAAGAGUAAAGAAAUCAGCGAAGCAAAUGCUAAACUUUGGUACUUGAGCUUUUCUUUCACAAAACAUGCCUCUCCAGCAGCCCUCAAAUCAGUUGCAUCAAUCUUGGACAACAAGGACAUUCCACGCCAAGCCUAUCUUGGCAUUGGUGCUUUGGCCAACCGCCAUGUCCGAGAAUACGGUGUGGAAAAACCAACAGAACUUGAUGCUCUCCUUGCAAAGCUUGCAGCCCCCUUGAAGUCUGCUGAAAAGGCCAACACCAUUGAAGCAGAAAACCACGUCAUUGCCAGUUUGAAAGGUCUUCAAAAUGUUCAGUACUUGUCUCAAGAAGUUGCUACUUCUGUUGCCAAAAUUGCUGCUGAUCCCAAAGUUCGCAGCAGAAUUCGAAGCGUUGCCAUUGAGACACUCAAAAGUGAUCCCUGUCAGAAAACGGCCAAAGAAACUGUAACAAACAUCUUGAAGAACAUUAACGAAGAUUCUGAAUUGCGCAUCAAGGCUUAUCUGGCUUUGAUUCAGUGUCCAUGCAGUCAAUCAGCCGCAGCUCUUAAAGAAAUUAUCGAUAAAGAAGAAAUCAAGCAAGUUGGUUCAUUCAUCGUUUCUCACCUUCGUCACUUGCGAGCCUCUGUGAAUCCAGACAAAUUUGAGCAGAAAAACAGAUAUGGUGGUAUUGUUCCCGCAAGGAAAUUCCCCAUCAAUCCUGCUAAGUACUCACACUCUGUUGAACUUUCGUACUUACUGGAUUCAUUGAAUGUUGGCAUUGCUGGAGACGCCAAUGUGAUUUACUCUCAACAUUCUUUCAUUCCUCGUUCCUACAGCUUGAAUCUCACAACUCAUGUUUUCGGCCAAGCGUUCAACUUAUUUGAUCUUGAUAUUCGUAAUGAAAAUCUGGACUUCUUAUUGGAGAAGUACUUCGGACCUAGAGGCCAUUUCAAGCGCAAGGACAUGGGCGCUCUAUUUGAAGAUGGGUACUCUAAAGCCUCUGGAAUCAUCGAUCAGAUCAAAGAGCGUUAUCAGAAAACUAUUCGUCCAAAGCGAGCUGUAGCACAAGCAGAUUUGGAUGCACUCGCCAAGAAGGUCGAUCUUGGGGUGGAUGCUGGUUAUAAUGGAUUAGAUUUGGAUGUAGCUCUGAAGGUAUUCGGAACAGAAAUCACAUGGUUGGAUUAUCACAGUGACAAAAGUGCUAUUUCAUCUGGAAAAUUGAUUGAUGAAUUUUUCGACGGAGUUGAUGCUUCCAUUGACAAAGCAAAGAAUUUCGAGUACGACUACAAGAAACAUUUCACAUUUUUGGACAAUGAACUGAGCUACCCCACCGGUCUUGGGUUUCCCCUGAAAGUAAAAGCCUUGGGAAGCAGUGCCAUUAGUGUGAAAUUUGAUGGAAAACUUGAUAUCCCAGCUUUGAUCAAGGAUCCUCAAAACGCCAACAUUCGAUUCCAGUUAAUUCCAAGUGGUGCUGUUGAAGUCUCUGCAUUGCUCACUGUUGAUGCAUACGCAGUUGAAAGUGGAAUUAAACUUGCAACCACUGUUCACUCAGCAACUGGAGUUGAUGUAACAGCAAAGAUUUUGGAAGGAUACGGAAUUGAUGUUAAGCUUGGACUCCCCGUCAAAAUUCAAGAUGUUGUCAACAUCAAGUCGGAGGUUUUCUCAACCAGUGCUGUCCGAGGCCAACCUGAAGUCGACGUUCCUGUUAAGUUUGAUGUCAAAAGGCAAGAAUUUGGAGGUUGUUUUGAUCAGUUGUCGCCAAUCGUGGGCCUGACCUUCUGUGGAAUUGUCCAGUUCCCUUGGGACGGAUACAAAGUGCUGAACCCCAUUUUUGGUCCAACAAAAGUUAACCUCAGAAUUGAAAAAGAAGAUGAUACGCUGACCAGUUACAACUUUAGAGCUUAUUACAACACCAAAAAACCAAAUGCUAGAUCUUUCGAAAUCAUUUUGGAUACUCCUAACUCUCAGACUAACCGCAAAUUGGCUUUGCUGAUUGAUGGCGCCACAGAACCCAAGAAGUCACUAUCCGUUAGCUUAGAUACACCAUUUAAGAAAGUCUCAUUCUCAGGGUUUGUCACUGACACAGAAAAAGAAACCUCGCUGACUGCCAAGUUCCUGAAUGAUGAUGCAGAAUACUUUUUAAGAGUUGGUGCAGACAUCUCUGGAAGUCCAAAUUCUCGACGUUACGAACCAAUCUUGGAGUAUCGUGCCCCUGAAGGAAAAGAAAGAUUGCUUGGACGCAACAAAGGAGCUUCUAAGGAUAAGAAGCAACAAUUGUCAGUAGAAGGAGCUGUAAUUGUUGACAAAAAGGACAAUUCACCUUACCGCAAGUACACAUUCAGCCAAUUAGCCAUCAUCACCCAACGUGGGAAGUACGUCACUGAUGGUACCAUUGUGUACGACACUGGCCUUUUGGAGACGGAUCUCAAAGUCACUAAUGAAAAGAUAGUCUAUGUCAUCAAAAAUAAAGCCCAAAAACUUUCAAACAACCACUACAAAGCAGAUGCUCAACUGUCAUGCUCACAAUAUCCUGAUUUUGCUCUUGCCGUAAACUGGGAGUACAAACGCACUGAUAAUCACGUUGACCACACUCUGAUAAUUGUUCACGGGGCCGAUCCAAAGAGUACUUCCACCAGAUUGUCCUUGAUUCAGUCCUUUGAUUACAAAACCGGAAAAGAUUUUGAAUUUGGAACAAAGAAUAAGUUAACUUAUCCAGUUCUUGGAAUCGAGGGCAAGGUUGAUGUGCAAGCCACCCCAAAGAGUGUGAACUACGAAAUUGAAGGUGCUUAUGAGAAUCAAAAGGUUUCCAGCAAAUUGAAUUCCAAAGUCAACACUAAAGAGCCUGGAGACUUCACCAUUUAUUUUGAUGCAAAGGCUCUAGCCAACAGCAUAGUCAUUGAGAGUAAGAGAGAAGUCGUUGAGAACCGUGGCAAAUCCUUAAUUUCUAACUCGGUAACAUUGACUCCUGGUGGAAAGUAUGCAUUGAAUGGUGCUGUAAUUCAUAAAUUUGCGAAAGACGAUUUCCAACAGGGUGUGGAUAUUGAAAUAACCAUGCCUCAAGAUCCCAAAAGCGUCAAAAUUGACGCAGGAUACAAACGAAGUCCAACAGAUCAUGCGAGCCACGCAAAAAUAACUGCCGGGUCCACCAAUUAUGUUGAUUUUGCAGCACAAUUGAGCACAGCUGCUGGGAAACCCAAAGGAAACUUCAAACUUUAUAUCUUGUCUGUAAUUAACAGCAACGGAGUUUACUCCUAUGACAAUAACAAAUGUACUGCAUCCCUAAGUGUGGACAUCCCAAAAUUGAAUCGUGGCAUUGAAGGCAAAGCUGAAUUAACCCACUCUGGUGGCAAAGCGGCAGGAUUUGCGGAGCUGCAAUAUGAUGCUAAGAAAGACCCUAGUAAGAAAAUUCGGUUUGAGACCAACUAUGAUGUCAACAAAGAUAAAGGCUACCAGUUCAAUAGCAAAAACCUUCUUUUUGUCAAUGCGGACAAAUACACUGUCAACCUGAACUUUGGAAGGAAUGGAUUGAUAACUGAUGGGCAAGUGUCAUUCGAUUCAGAGCUUAUUUUACCAAGCACCAGGAAAUACACUGCCAAGUACUCCAGCGAUGUCCAUUUGGGUGGUAGCGGAGAUAAGAAUUUCAAAGUUGACGCAGGAGUUACUCAUGCAGCAUCAAAAGAUGCGCAACCAUGCAAAGUUCAUUUGAAAGUAUCAGCCAAAAACAUUGAUUUCAAGGUAGGAACCUAUGACGGACAGUCAGAAGUAGAGUUUGUCUCCACCGAUCAAAAAGACAUGAAAAUCAAUGUUAGCGGAAAGAAGACCAAAGCUGAGGAUAUCAACUCAAUCAGCGGACAGGUCUCUGUUCAAGGAUCCCUUGUGUCUCACCCGUUCAAUGGUAAAUUUGAAUCCGAUACCAAUGCUUCUCCAUCCAAAGGCAAAUUUGUUGAAUCUAAUUUCCAUCUUGCACUGGCAGCUGGUUCUGAAUUCCAACUCAAUGCAGCUCAAAAGAUAACAAAAGAAUCAUUCAGCCAUGAAGUUUCUGGCAAGUUCCCUCAAACGGGUUUGAUACCCCUGAUAUCUGUUAAGUUCAGCACGGUCAACAACUUCAACUCUGUGGCAAAAGCAGCCGGCAAACCAUUGAAGAUCAAAUCAGCAAACUCACUCUACUACACAGAUAAAACAGGUGAAAAGUACGUUAAGUUGGACGGUGACUACACAGAAGUCGCAAAGGGUGGCAUUGUAUCACUUCAAGUUUCUACAAAUGAAAUCACUCCUCGUCAAUUCACUGGUUCUUACCAUUAUGAUUCUGGUGACACAUACAAGGGAGAUGCCUCCUUAGCUAUCAAGAAAGGUGAACAAGAAGGGAAGAUAGUUGUCAGUGGAGAAAUUUACAAGACAAUUUUCGGUGGUAGCCUAAAAAUAUCCGGCCAAAAUCUUGCUGGAAAUGGUCAAGGGUCUUUCGAUUUAGAUGCAGUGCACAAGUACAACAAAGAAAAGAAGAGCUCGUCAACAGACAUCAAAACUAAUGCAAACGGUAAAGCAGUCUCUCUCUAUCACUUAGUUGAAUGGAAUUCUGAUAAACCUGUUUUUGAUCUCUCCCUGAAAAUACCCACUGGCGAAAAUCGAUUCUAUGUCAAAGGAGAAAAGAAAGACGCUGGCCAUUACACAAUGGAGUCCAAAAUAAAUUGGAUCAAAGCAGAUGGAGGUGGCAGUAUUAAUCUCGAUGGAGAAGGCAAAUUCACGUCUUUUGAAGAUUUCUUUGUGAAAUACAACAUCGACAGUCCAAAAUUAAAUCUUAACAAAAUCCACGUUGAUGUCGCAAACAAACCUAGCAAUGAUGAAGCCAACAAAAUUACCUUCUCUGUACGGUCUGCUGAGAAGAACAUUGUCUCUGGAAACUCCAAUUAUAAGCUCUCGGAAGAAGGACCCAAGGUGACUUUGGAAGGCUCUGGAACCUUGAAAGUCGAUGCUAAGAGUUACCCAAUGACUUUCUCCCUCCACCGUCAGAAACUGUCAACAGACACAGAUGGUGAAGAAGGAAAGUCUAUCAAAUUCAAUUUUGAAUCAAAGGAAUUGCCCGCUAGUUACAAUGGUUUCUCUAAAUACUCAAAUAAAGAAGUCGUGCAUAAACAUAAAUACUGUUACAAAGACCAAUGUGACAAAGUAGAAGCUGUAUCAAAAGUCAAAUCCUCAGAUGCUCUUGAAUUUGAGCACGAAUUGAACAUGAAUUUUGACCUGGGUCUCUCAGCUAAAGUCCAAGGAGCAGCCCUGAAAGCAACCACCACUGUUUCAGCUAAAGCAUUGACUAUCGAUCAGAACGUUGCUCUUCAGCUAUCGCCGACUGAUAAACUCCAGUACCAAGUAUAUGUUCACAAAACAGCCUCAGGGGUGGUUUUGACCCUUCCAAAAAGAGUUAUUGCUGCGGAAGCAACCUAUGCUGCAAGUUAUAAACCAGAGAAAGCAGCUCUUAAAUACGAAGGAGCCUUAUGGUUGGACAAACCAAAAGCCAAUACGAAAACUUCAAUUUCCUUCAUUGGAAGUGCCUCACGUACUCCUGGUAGCUACAGUUUUGCCUCCAACGGAGAGCUGAAAUUCACAACACCUGCUCUUGGAGACAAGGACUUAAUAUUGAAAGGCCAUUCGUCCAUUUUGGAAGAUUCAAGCAAAAUUCUGGACUCCGGUGUUGAAAUAGAUAUAUUUGCUAAGAAAACUCAAAAGAUCACCAUAGACUCCUCCAUCACCCAUGAGAAGAAACCUGACGGUUUCAAAGUGAAUGGACUCUUCCAAGUUAAAAGCAAAGGUCAAAAUCUCGAUUCUGAAGUGGCAUGGAUGAGUUCUUAUGAAAAAGGAGCCCUACGUUAUGAUGUCAAUGCUUAUUAUAUCGAUGGAAGCAACAAGAAACAGGAAUAUGUAUCCAAGUUUGAAGCCAGUAAAGAAAAGUUUGAUGGAAGUGUGAAAGUUUUCGACCAACAAAUAUUUACUGGUGCCUCGGCCCUUAAGCUGGGUCAGAAAGACUAUUAUGCUGGUCUUGAAAAGAAGUAUGAAAUUUUCGGUAGGAAAUAUGAAGAAAGUGGCUACAUAUACCAUGACGGAAAAUUCAAGUAUAUCUACAAAUGGAUAUCUGCUGGUGACAAAUCGUUAGAAGUCAAUGGAGGCAUUGCACCCGGAAAAGUAGCUGAUUUCAAUGUUUACUACACUGACGGAGCCAAGAGUCCCAUAUUGGAAGCAUCUAUUGCCCUUGAUGAGGCUAAUUUCUUAAAACCCACUCAAAAGUUUAAUGCUGACACCUUGAAACCACUAGCUGAAAUCAGUGUUCCAUGAAAUCCUGGAGCUUGCAGUUGUCGCUGCAGAAGAAGUAGUCAAGGUCUACGAAACCAUCGCCCAACAAUUUGAGAUACUGAUUGAAAAAUUGAACGAGACCCUUAAAAAAUUAGCGCCUCAACUGGUGGAAUCCUACGCUAAAAUCUCUCAAGGCCUCCUGUCAGCUUUGGAAUCAGCCUUAAAGCUGACUGUUCACUACGUAGAAGUUGCUGUUGAAUUGUUUAAAAAACUUGAGCCAGAGAUAAAGGAGCUCCUGAAUAUUGUCAACAAGUUUGCUGAAGAUAUUGGAAAAGUCAUUUCAAAGGCUGUUGCGCAAGUUGAUAAGGAAGUUCGUAAUUUCAUCCACCAAUUGGUUGAACAGGUCAAGAAUUUGCCAGUCUAUGGAAUGUUGAGGGAAAAAUGGGAAGAGCUGCAGAAGUCGGAAAUUCCAGAAAAAGUUCUGAGUGUUCUCCAUGAAGUAGCACAAGCUCUGAAGGAUUCAGUGCCAACCGAAGAACUGAAAAAAUUAAUUGAAGACCUUGAGAAAUUCAUCGAAAAAAUUUUAAGACGUAAACCUGUUGACAAUGCUGCUGAAUUUAAAAUUUUAAUGACGGAUGCUCAAAAUGCUCUGAAAUCAAUUCUUCCGCUGUUGCCCGUAACACAACCAUUAGAAACCACUGGCUUUCUCUCCAAACCUGGACCGAUGAUACCGUUACCAUCAUUCGAGCCUCUCUCUAAAUUGCAUCAAUACACAAGCUUCUCUUUCAGUCCAAUCCAGUAUCUGAAAUCUGCAGAUCUACCAUCUUUAGGCAGUAUUGUGCAAGGUCUUCAGCCACUCUCUCUCAACUACAAACAUUUCAUCCCACCACAUGGCGGAUGGGGAAUACUUGUUGACGGAGCUCACUUCUUCACAUUUGACAAGAGGCAUUACACAUUCAAAGGCACCUGCUCAUACGUACUUGCCCAAGACUACAAGGACAGCAACUUCUCAUUAUCAGCUGAUCUUGACUCUGGAAAAUUGAAGGCUCUCACUUUGAACAGCGGCAAAGACUCCCUAGUUAUGCUUGCUGAUGGAACGGUCCAGUUGAACGGUAAACCCUCUGAAUAUCCUGCCUUCUCUGGAGAGUUGUCUGCAUGGAGGCGUUACCAUACCGUAAACAUGAGAUCCAAUGCUGGAGUCAUGGCUGUCUGCAGCCUAAAUCUUGAUGCUUGUGCUUUCCACAUUUCAGGCUAUUACUUCGACAAAGUGCGUGGAUUACUCGGAACUUUGAACAACGAAGACUAUGAUGACUUCACUCUCCCCAACAACAAGAUAUCUACUGAAGCUGCCAAGUUCGCAAAUGCGUACAAGGUUGGAUCCUGUGCUGAUGCGCCUGAGUUUGUUCACCAACAUGCCUCUCAAAGUAGUGAAUGCAAUGCUUUCUUUGCAUCGGAUGACGCCUCUUUGUUAGCCUGUAAACCAUUCGUAGACACUGCUCCAUUCCGUGAGGCCUGUGAACACUCCGUCAGCUCAGCCACCGACAAAAAUGCAGCUGCUUGCAAGAUUGCUGCUGCAUAUGUGGGUUCCUGUUUCGAACGGAACAUUCCAGUCGAGUUACCUGAAACUUGUGGCACAUGCAACAUUGGAGGCACUCCCUUACCUAUACACCAAUCUGUCAGUGUGAAAGUACCACAAAAAACGGCUGAUGUAGUUGUGGUGGUCGAGCAGUUGGAAGGCAACCAGCCAAUAUUCGAAAACCUCUUGACUCCGUUGAUCUCCACUCUAACGAGUGACUUCAAGGAAAAGGGCAUAACGGAUGUCAACUUUGCAUUGAUUGGUUACACCAGCGUGUUGCACAAAUGGCCCAUCCAUUAUUCAUCGAAAGGAAAGCUCACCUUUGAUGGAAAACCAAAGGUCUUCACUUUUGCCAAAGUUCCUACACCUGAAAUGGCUAAUACUUUCCUGAAGCAGUUCCAUCAGUUUAUAAAAGCAGCGUACUUAGAAUUGAGAAAGACUGAUUCAUUUACUGCUCUCUAUGAAGCAUAUGAGUAUCCAUUUAGAGCAGAUGCCGUCAAAGUUAUCAUCCAUGCCGUUGCCAAUCCUGAAAGACACUCGCCGUCUUACUACCCCACCUCUACUUUGUACCCAUCAGCAGUCGUUGCCGGAAUUAUUACUCGUGUUUCACAAUUCACAAAUGUUCUUGUCAUUCCAACUCCAGGAAUGACUCUCCAAGGUGGACCUGCAUCUGAUGUGGUCGGAUUUAACAACAAGGCUGUUUACAAAACCGAUGACGCCAAAGCAAGCCCUCUCGUCGGAAACCAUGAAUUAUCGAAAGAGCUUCGUUACCCUCCAGGUGUCUACACUGAUUUUACAAGAUAUGGUGAUGGUCUCGUUGUGAGUGCGGAUAAUUUCAUCGCGGCUAAACCAGACGUUCAAAAGCAAUCUGUAAAGCUUAUCUCCAAGUUCAUCGUGCAAUCGUCUGCAGAUCAAGAACAACACAAGGAAUGCAAAUGCGUUUUGAAGUAUGGACUUUUCCCUGAGACCGAGUGCCAUCCAACAUUUUUCAAAUGAAAAAAGAAUGUCUACAUUUCUCAAAUGAAGAAGUCUGAAGUAUUCGAGCUCCUCAAAACUCAACUCUGGGCCCUUGGCUAGAUAAUUUGUUUGGAGUAUCAUUUUCUCAUCAUUUCUAUCAUCAUUCCAUUCAACAACAAAUCCUCCCGUCCAUCUCAUUACUCGAUCAACAUUCAUGGAAUCAUCAUCUUUGCAUUUUUAGUCUGGUUCCAGAAGUCUGAUUCUUCGUUCAGGGGCAUCUUUUUUGCAAGAGUUUGGUUAGUGUAAGAAAUAGUAACGCAAGUGGUUUUUUACACUUGAUGAACAGAUUGUGAGACCAUUGAAAGGUAACUUGUCAUUCCGAACAGAUUUAAGCCCAAACCGUGUCAACUAGCACCAGUGAUCGUAAAUCCCUGUCAUUUUACCAUGUUCCUAGUUUUUAUACAGCACUAUCUAAGAGCAAGAUAAUUUGCCCCAUCUUAAUAUUUAUGGCUACUACUGAAGUGCGCCAGUUAACGAUUCCAGUGCAUUCAUAAAAAGGUUUAUCUGAGAUUUUUUCAACAACCAGCUCAUUGAAUGAAAUUGAUUUUUUAAUUUUUUUUCUUUUCAUCAAACUUCAUGAUACGAAUAAAAUUUGAGUCUGUAUUCUCUCUAUAGCGGUGUUAAAUCAUCGCAUGAUGCAUCAGGACAUUAGAUACUAGGAAUGUAAAAAAUACGAAAAUUGAUAAAGAACAAAGAAAAACUCUCCAUGAGCUGUGAUAAAAUAUGAAUCUCAAUUGUAUGCACUACUUUAAAAUUAAAAAGAAUUCAGUGACCUGUUUUUUGGAUUUCUUUUAAACCUUUUUGUUAAAGCAGCUGAUAGAUUUCAAUUUAGUCUGUAAGCGAUUUUUUUAAGACAAAAGAAGAAGUUGUUUAUUUAUUUUUGUUAAUAAAUUUAGUAUUUGUAAUUUUAUUCA